ACGUCGACGCCGGCAGUCGCUCCCAGACCGCUAAUCAAGCCGCAUCGCGGCGGACGUUCGUUCUUUGGUUUGUUCAGUCGCCGUCGCUCGCAUCGGAGGGUCGCUCGUUCGCUUGCUUGCCUGCUGCCCGCCCGAUCCCUGCCAAAAGCGGCCGCCAACUACAGCAGGCAACAGCGUCGUCGACGACGACCGGUGGCGCCCUCUGGAGGCGCGGUAACGACGCUCGUGUUGUGAUUAGUUAGUGCGACCAAAUCGAACACAGCGAAGAUGGAUCAACUCUUCGGGAAUCUCAAGGGUUUCUUCAAGACCAACUUCACCUACACCGACAACUCGAUUUUCCGGCUGCACUACAAGGCCACUGUUGCCAUACUGAUCGCGUUCAGUAUUCUCGUGACAGGCAGGCAGUACAUCGGCGAUCCCAUCGACUGCAUCACGAAAGACUCGGUGCCAACAGAUAUAUUGGACACAUUCUGUUGGAUCCACACGACUUUCUCCAUGCCCGAUGCAUGGAAUAAGAGAGUCGGUGUCGAAGUUCCCUAUCCGGGUAUCGACAAGUCCUCGAACGGCUCACAGAAACGCGUAUAUCACGCGUACUACCAGUGGGUCUGCUUCGUGCUGUUUCUACAGGCCGCCCUCUUCUACGUCCCUCGUUACAUUUGGAAAAUGGUAGAGGGAGGACGCAUCAAGAAUCUCGUACUGGGUCUGGACAACCCGAUCCUCGGGGACGCCGCUAAAGUCAGUGGCCGACGGCUGCUCGUCGAGUACCUCAUGGUCAACCGGAACAACCACAACCUCUACUUCUGGGUCUACUCGCUCGCCGAGCUCCUUAACUUCUGCAAUGUCAUUGGUCAGAUGUUCCUCAUGGAUUAUUUCCUUGGCGGCGAGUUCUCGAAGUACGGGGCGGAAGUCCUCAACUUCACGCAGUGGUCUCAAGAGGUCCGCUACGAUCCCAUGAUCCGCGUGUUCCCUCGACUCACCAAGUGUAUAUUCCACAUGUACGGAUCGUCCGGCGAUAUCCAGAGACACGACGCUAUGUGCAUUCUGCCUAUCAACAUCAUCAACGAGAAGAUCUAUGUGUUCCUCUGGUUCUGGUUCAUCUUCAUGGCCAUUGUGUCCGGAGGCGUCCUGGUUUACCGGGCUGCGACUCUCUUCCUGCCUAGCUUCCGCGCGCGAGUCACGAAAUCCAAAGGACGUCUGGCAAACCGCGAGCGUCUCGAGCGUAUCAUCGAACAUUCGAAGAUCGGAGACUGGCUGAUCCUUCAUAUGGUGUGCAAGAACAUCGAUGCUCUCAAUUUCAGAGAUCUGAUCAACGACUACUACGAGAGUCUCUACGAGACCAAGAGCGAACCCUAGGCGGCGUGCAUCGAACUCUCACACUGCCUAACUAAAGAAUGUAAAUAGCAAUCCAUGUGGACCGACUCAGCCACACGUGAAGAAAUGGGAUCGAGCCGAAUCUCAAAGUCGAAAUAAGUCUCGAGCGAGCAAUCGAGUAGUUAAAUGAACGAAUAGCAGAAGAAAAGCAGCGAACGAGCGUCGCUCGGAAGGCUUUUUGUAGCCUCUCCGACGACGUCACGACGAAUCUCGAAGCUUUCACCAUGCACGCAAAAUCACUCAAGUCUUCCACGGACUCCAUUCCAGAGCGCUGCGAUUUAUGCGUGCUCAAGAGGAACUUUCUUCCCGAAUGUGGUAUCGGGAGAACCUUUCAGCGUCUUUCAUUUUGGACUACAGUCCGGUCCACGGUGUGUAAGUUUCAUCCUGAGAUCUGAGAACAGCUGAUUGUUUCGAGCGCUUGAUUGUAUGUUAUGCCUUUCAUAUUGAUUAUCUCAUCAUGGAAUCUCUUGAAUCGUCGCGACCGCUGACCUCAGGAAAAAAUCUCUCAAACCACGUCUGAUUUAACGAAUCACGAGAAGUUACCCCGGUCGACGAGUCCGCAGCGUCGCGAAAAUAUUCCGCAGGAAAUCGGACCCUUUUCGUUCGAACGAAAGGAGUCAUGACAGCAUAUCUGAAAUAGCAUUUGUCACAAUAGAAGGUGGCUAGCGACAUCGUAUCGAAAUACGAGGUAAAUAUAUAUAUGAAGUAUUUUGUGAUAAAUAAAUUGAGACCACAUU